GUGAAAGUGAAGAAGACAGCAAUGAGGAGGAGAAAAAGAAAAAGAAACACAAGAAAUCUACUAAAAAGAAAUCAAGAAAAACUUGCCAUAAAAAGAAAAGACAAAGAUAAAGAGGGAGGCAAUGGUGUCACUGGGCCUCUUUCACUGAAGCAAGACACAGGAAAUCAAGACAUUACAGACUUUGGAGGAGCUCUGCUACCUGGUGAGGGUGAAGCAAUGGCACAAUGUGUGAAGGAAAGCAAGCAAAUCCCUUGCUGUGGUGACAUCAAGCACACAAAUGAUGAGAUUGCUACAUUUGAAUCUUCUGGUUAUGUGAUAAGUGGAAGCAGGCAUCGUCACAUGGAAGCUGUACGUUUGAGAAAAGAGAAGCAGAUUUACAGUGCAGAUGAAAAGUGAGCAUUGGCUAUGUUUAAUUAUGAGGAACAAUCCAAGACAAAACAAAAUCUUUUCAAACCUCAGGGAGAUGAUUCAUCAGAAAAUCAACAAAAAGAAAUAGUAAAUGUUACUCCAGCUAUAUUAGCUUCCUCCAGUUUCGACUGCUCUUUCCAGUGUUGCUUGAUGAUGGACUGGCAUACCAAAUAUUGGACAUGCAAGUAGCAGAGAAGGAAGUGAGAGGAAGUCCAACCCAUAGACAGCCAAAGCAAUGCUUUUGCAUCAAUCAGAAUCAAUGCAUUCUUCUUUUGUGGUCUCGGUUGAU